AUGCCGUCCAUAAGCAAAAACGUUUACCCACUUCCACUACAAGUAAAGGAAUACCUACCACGUUUCCGCAAACAAUAUCGAGCUCUCCUAAGAGAAGCGACCUAUCUCCCUGAUUCUGCAGCAAGAUCUUUCGUCCACGAUCUUCUCGUCAAACGAUUCAACCCUCCCGAUCCUCGAAAACUCAAUCCCAAGUAUUGGGGAACCGAUUAUUUACGAUCUAAAGUUGAUGUGAAGAAACUGCAGAAAAGAUCCAAAAAGAAUGCCACAAAAUUACAUUUACUAGAGCGUGUAAAUCUGGAAGGGAGUAUACCAGAUUUACAGCAUGUUUUAUUGAGAACAUAUGGUCGAGCAGGACACAGAAGGAGAGAAUUAAUCACUGAAUUGUUGCGACCUGGAGAGGAUGAAUUACCACAAGAUGACACAGAACUGUCCAAAAUUAUCGACAGUCAAAUUUUAAAGAAUCUGGAUGCGAUGAAAGAUGUUGAGAUAGACCAAGCAAACGCUGUGCCCAAAAGACAGCGCCGAGAAAACAAAGAAAUACAGUUGUUUCUCAUGAGUCAACAAGCAACCAAUCCUAUGGAAUCGAUGCGAGGGAGGAUUAAGAAACUUACACCAGAUAUACCGUCAACGAAUGCAUGGGGACGUAAACUUCCAGAAAAACGGAAGGAAAAUAUGCAACGCACAUGGUGGGCAAGUCUUUUAGAACGAGUUCUACCACCAUUACCUGAAUACGAAUGGAAUAGGUUGAAAGAUUUGGCAGAAGGAAGACAAUCGAUUGAGUCUCCACGCCCGAGAAGAAAGCCUGCCGUUCUCCGAAAUCAAGAUGAAGAUGCUAAGUCCGCUGGAGAAAAGAUGGAUUCACUAUAUAACAAACCAGCCAGACUUAACGCGGAUGUUUGGGACGAGAAAACAACGAAAGUUGACCUAGAUGAUUCUCAAGCUUCUAAUACGCCACAACAUAACAGGACACGAGCGAUGCGAAGGCUGUACGGUAUGAUCUGGAGUCUUUCAUCAAAGAUGGUGCAAGAUGAGAAUACUAAAGAAUAUACAAUAACUUGGGGAGGACAACGCUCACCAUCCGCUGCGGGAGAGAUCACAAAGCCAUCAUCGAAAGAUGCUGAAUUCUUCGAGUUGCAAGCUGAUGGGUUAGCUCAAGGAACUACGGAUAGAAAGAUUAGGAAGUCAGUGAAGCGUGAAACACAACAACUGAUAUAUUAG